AUGUCGCGCUCCUUCUAUGUGGACUCGCUCAUCAUCAAGGACUCCUCGCGGCCCGCACCCUCGCUGCCGGAAUCGCACCCAGGACCGGAUUUCUUCAUUCCGCUAAGCAUGCCAUCUCCGUUGGUGAUGUCGAUGUCGGGGCCCGGCUGCCCGUCCCGCAAAAGCGGCGCUUUCUGCGUGUGCCCGCUUUGCGUCACCUCGCACCUGCAUUCCUCUCGCCCGCCCGCAGGAGCCGGUGGCGGUGCAACGGGGACUGUAGGCGCUGCGGUGGCGGGCGCCGGGGCGGCUGGGGGCACCGGCGCCCUACCUCUGCUCAAGAGCCAGUUCUCUUCCGGCCCUGGGGACCCACAGUUUUGCCCACGGGUGAGCCACGCACACCAUCACCACCACCCGCCCCAGCACCAUCAUCACCAUCACCAGCCCCAGCAGCCGGGCUCAGCGGCGGCGGCGGCGGCUGCUGCUGCUGCGGCAGCGGCGGCCGCAGCGGCCCUGGGACACCCUCAACACCAUGCACCUGUCUGCGCUGCCACCACCUACAACGUGUCGGACCCGCGGAGGUUCCACUGCCUCACCAUGGGAGGCUCCGACGCCAGCCAGGUACCCAACGGCAAAAGGAUGAGAACAGCAUUUACCAGCACGCAGCUCCUGGAGCUGGAGCGAGAAUUCUCUUCCAACAUGUACCUGUCCCGACUCCGAAGAAUCGAGAUCGCAACGUACCUGAACCUCUCAGAGAAGCAGGUGAAAAUCUGGUUUCAGAACCGUCGCGUGAAGCACAAGAAAGAAGGGAAAGGCGCUUCGAGGAACAAUCACGCAAGCUGCAAGUGCGUGGGCAGCCAGGCGCACUAUGCUCGCUCAGAGGACGAGGACUCCUUGUCCCCAGCCUCGGCUAACGAAGACAAGGAGAUUUCUCCCUUGUAA